AUGAGCUCUUAUAUUUCCUAUAGACAAUCAGUGCCAAAAGACACAAAUAUUAAUGAAUUUUUUAAUAUAUCACCUACAACAAAUUAUAGAUUUUUAAAAACAUUACCUGUAUUUGAAAUGUCGUCAACAGAAUCAACAUAUUCCACAAUACCUUCACCUUCACAAAUUAUUGAUACAUUAAAUACUUCUAAUACAAAAAUGUUUGAAUUUUAUAUUGGUUUAGGGUUAGCUAUUUCAUCAUCUGUAUUUAUUGGAUCAUCUUUUAUUAUUAAAAAAAAAGCUCUAAAAAAGUUGGCUGAAAGUAAUACAGAUUGUAGGCAGCGAGCCUCUGAAGGUGGUUAUGGAUAUUUAAAGGAAUGGUUAUGGUGGAUGGGUGUAAUUACAAUGGGUAUUGGUGAGGCCUGUAAUUUUGCUGCAUAUGCCUUUGCUCCAGCAUCAUUAGUAACACCAUUAGGUGCACUUAGUGUUCUCGUUACUGCAGUAUUAUCUUCAAGAUUAUUAGAUGAACGUUUAAAUUUACUUGGUAAAAUAGGAUGUGCAGUAUGUUUAUUAGGUUCAACAUCUAUUGUCAUUCAUUCUCCUAAAGAAGAAGAAGUUUCAACGAUGGCAGAUUUGGCAGAAAAAAUGAAAGAUCCAAUGUUUAUUAUAUAUGUAAUUGUAAUUAUUGUUGUUACACUUGGAAUAGUUAUACAUGUAGCUCCAAGAUAUGGUAGAUCAAAUAUAUUAGUUUAUAUUUCUGUAUGUUCACUUAUUGGAUCAUUAUCUGUUCUUUCUGUUAAAGGACUUGGUUUAGCUAUAAAAGAAACAAUAGCAGGUGAUCAACAAAUAACUAACUUUUUAACAUGGUUUUGGUUAUUAAGUGUUAUUGGUUGUGUAUCAGUACAAUUAAUAUAUUUAAAUAAAGCAUUAGACAUUUAUAAUACAUCAAUGGUAACACCAAUAUAUUAUGUAUUUUUUACAACUUUUGUAAUUUUGGCUUCUGGAAUAUUAUAUAAGGAAUGGUCUUGUUUAGGAGCAUCUGACAUCCUUGGAAAUGUUAUUGGUUUUCUUACAACAAUUAUUGGAAUAUUUCAAAUGCAAUUAUUUAGAAAUGUUGACAUUUCAUGGCGUCAACUUCAUAUACUUGUUCAUAAACAAGCUAUGAACGGACAUCUUGAUCUUAUUAGUAGUAGUGCAUCUUUAGUUGAUUAUCAUAAUGACAAUUUAAAUUAUAAUAGCAAUGGUAAACGAUCAUAUCACAGCCCGGAACCUUUAUGUAAUAUAGUGGCACCUGCUUCAAACAAUAUGAAUGUAUACACAUAG